UGCUCCACGAGAGCUCCCCUAGACCUCCUCACACCCGAUCAGCCCAGAAAUAUGCCCCGGACGCAGCGUUGACCCGAUCCGGACACACUCAAACUUUUGCUUUGUUUCUCUACGAGUCCUGUAGCCGCCGUGGACUCGUCAUGUCGGAGCCGUGAGCACUGGCCCAUGGCUGGACCGAGGUUUGUCUAGACUUGGGGCAUGCGGAUAGUGGACCACGGACACAGACACGAGACACAGUCCACGCGAGGUUAAGCGCGAGCAGAGCAUUAGCAGACACCCUUGUAAAUGUUUGACCAAACCACGGCGAUGGGAGAUGGGAGCCACCGCUGUGGACCCAACCCGCUGUGCCCGGACCGGAGCCGGUCCCCGGUGCAGAGCUCCACGGACACACCGGGCACCUCCGCCUCCACCCCCACGUCCUCGAGCGAAGACGGCCACGACAAACUGUUGGGAGUGGACCCGGACUACUGCCGCAGGAUCCUGGUCAGAGAUGCCAAAGGCACGAUAAGAGAGAUCGUGCUGCCCAAAGGCCUGGACUUGGACCGGCCUAAGCGCACGCGAACGUCGUUCACGGCGGAGCAGCUGUACCGGCUCGAGCUCGAGUUUCAGCGCUGUCAGUACGUAGUGGGGCGCGAGCGCACCGAGCUGGCCAGACAACUCAACCUCUCUGAGACACAGGUCAAAGUUUGGUUUCAAAAUCGAAGGACGAAGCAGAAAAAGGACACUACGAAGGAUUCGGACAAACGCUCUUCCUCCACCUCCGAGUCUCUGGCGACCUGUAACAUCCUGAGGCUGCUGGAGCAGGGCAGGCUCCUGUCAGGACCAGCUCCCCCUCCUAACCCCCUCCUGGGACCUCCGCCGCACCCCAAUGGCUCCCUCCUGAGCAGCCCUGGAGCUUCCUCCACCUCCCCCAGCAUCAGCAGCACCCCGCCCAGCUCCCUGCCCGGGGGCACCUUUGGGCUCUCCCUGCCCUCUUUGGGGGGCACCCCUCCCUCACCGCGCCUGGGUGUCCCACCUCCACACUCUCUGUGCUUCUCCAUGCCACUGCUAGGGGGCGCUCACCAUGAACUGACCUCUGCUUAUGGCUGUGGCUCCUCUGCCUUUGAGCCAUACAUGCGACUGGACAGAAAGGAAGCGGACCUGGGGGGGAAGAAGACAGUCUCCUAAACGGUAUUUGAGUAUUUGAGGUCUUUACACUGAUAUCGGUUUGACUGUUAAAGAGAAACCACCCGUGGAAAGAGGAACUUUUUGUUUUUGACAAACUGUGACCAGGACACCAUGUGAAGGAGAAAAACUCUUCCACAAUAAAAAAAGACUUGUGAAUUUCUCCCCUGUUGUGUGUCGCCCUGACGACUCUCAGUGGUUUUAAGUGACUCUCACUUUUGUCCCGUGCGUUUGUGUGCGUGCUGUUUCUCUAUACAGGCCUUCAUUUUACUGUUCAGGAAAAAAUACUUGACUUGGAUCAUUCAGUCUAAAGCAGCAUUGAAUGGAAACCGUGUUUUUCAAAAAUAGCAGUUUGUACACAUCUCUCAUCCAAGUGGCCAUGUUUGAGUUUAGUUUUGUGCUAUCACUUAUGAAACAGAAAAAAAUGAAUCGUAGCAUCUUAAUAUCAGUCUGUUAUGUGUCCAGAGGUAGUUUUGUAAAUUCUUUAUUUGGUUGUGUUUGUGUAAGAAACAAUAUUUGGUAGGAUCUGGUCAGAACGGUACAAAAAUCACAUAUCUAGAUCCAAUUGUAGGGGAAAAAAGAAAACAAAAGCUGGUUACACUCUGCCAAAGCAAGAAAUGAUGAAGCUUCACAACACGGACAGACUUAUUUUACACUGUUAAAUCACUAUUUCACAUCUUUUGUAAAAAUACUUUGACCAAGUUUGUGGAAAAACAUUGUAAAGACGUUUAUUUAAGCUUAAAAUUCAGCUCUUAAAAAUCAAGUUGUACGAUAUUUUAUCGUCUUUUACACACUGUACAUUUUAAAUAAGCUAGGCCCUCUAAAAAUACCCCAAAACAUUAUUUAUACUUUAUUUUUA